AUGGAUAUACUCAAGAAAAUGUUCAAAUCGCAGGAGGAAAAGAAGCAGGAGGGUGCCGAUAUAUCCGCAUCGAACAAGGAUGAGUUCCGGAAGCCGCAGUGGUUCGAGGAGGCCGAAACGGACGAUGAGCUCUUCGACGAUGAUCGCAAGUUCGCAUUCCAAGUGUUCACCAGUCCACUGGAGAUGCAGAAGCACUUUGAGCGGCAGAUGCAGCGUCUCCUCGAAUCGAUCGAUAACGAAGAUCAAGAGCAUGAUGAUAAUGAUGAUUUCUAUGAUGUCUUGAAGCCCGGAUUUGAAAGCUCGAUUCUCAAGAGAUUUGCUCGGCAGCAUGAUCAAUCUCUGGACACGGAUUUGGAUGGCGAGAUCUACGCCGAUCAGAUGCAGUCGCUCAUUCAACGUCUGAAUCCGAAGAAGGGACAGGAGCCGGCCGAAGAAGCCGUUGGCAACAUUUUGCCCUCCAAUCAGAGUCGCCUUAUAAAGAGCCUGAAGAAGGCUAAGCUGACGGAUGAGGAGAUCAUCAUGGGUCGCAUACAUGGCACCAUCACAGCCGAUGGCGAAGAGGUGCCACAGGCUCGUCCAUCCCGUCCAUACAUCGGGAUGAAGCCGGAGAUCAUGACUCCGAUGACGCCUAUGUUGCCGCGCAGUGGAAUGACGCCAUUCGGCGGGGUAUUCGAUGGAAACUAUCAGGGUCCGAAAAUGUUUAGCCAGAGCGUGAUGACCCAGACGGUGCGCAAGCCGGAUGGCAGCUAUGAGACCACCAAGGUGGCCCAGGAUGCGACUGGGCACAAGACCACCACGGUGACUCGCAUGAAAGAUGGUCGCACGGAGACGGUGGUCACCCACGAUGGCAAGGCUGCCAAGGCCAAGCCGCAGAUGGGCUCUCUGGGCGAGCAGCAUGUGGCGUAUGCCGAUCGCAACCUGUUUGUGACAAAAGAAGGCUACGCCAUGCCACGGAACCUCUGGUGACCAGUGGUGAACAGCUAUUGCCCCAAUCAAGACAAGCGAUCUCUGCUGCAACGCCAGCACCAGCAUCAGCAGCGUCAGCAGCAGCAGCAGCAACAGCAACAACAGUAUGCAGAUAAGCUAAAGCGAUUCGUCGGCAACAUAGUCCCACCACAUCCACACAACAUCCAAAUUAGAACCUACUAUAUUUUAGUUUACAUUCUCCUUAGUGUUUGGUGUUUUAGAUGAAACUCAGUUGAGACAACAGAUGA